UUUUCAAGAUGGAGACGAUCUUCAGGAAGAGAAACCGAGAACUCAUGUUAAUGGAAAUUGAACAAGAUAAGAGAUUGGUUGAAGCGUCAAGAUCAGGAGAUUUAGAUCUUGUAAAAACUCUGCUGAAGACAGGAGCCUCUCCGGAUGCCACUGAGUACAACAAGAGUUUGUUCUACGACUCUAAAAAUUACCUGACACCUUUGAUGACGGCUGCUUCUCAGGGUCACACAGAUGUGGUCAGGUGGCUGAUAGAGAAUGGAGCCAGUGUAAAUGCUAGCGAUCGGUUUGAUGUGAGCGCUUUACACAUGGCAGCAGAUGAAGGCCAUGUGGACUGUGUUGCCUUACUCCUAGAGAAUGAUGCCAUGUGCAAUAAUGGAACUAAAUACUCAAAACAUGGAUCAUACACUGCAUUUCCACACCCAGGUGGCACAACCCCUCUACAUCUAGCAGCUAGUGCAAACAACAUUGAGUGUGUGACAAUGCUGAUAUGGCAUGGAGCUGACUACAAUGCAGUAGAUGAGUAUGGAAGAACAAGUUUGUACAUAGCUGCCCAGAAAACCUUUGAAGAGUGUGUACAUGCUCACCUGGAUAAUGCGAUUUGGAAGGACAUCUUGUCACUGCCUGCUAAAGAUACAGGGGAUACACCCCUUCAUGAAUGCGUGAAGAAUGGAAUGUUGUCAUGUAUCCAGGCUCUUCUUCAUAAGGGUUCAGAUGUCAAUCACAAGAAUCUACAGGGCUUCAGUCCGUUACAUAUUGCUGUUAGAGCCGGGGAGAAAUUCUCCAUAGAGAUCUUAAGAGAACUAGUCACUAAGGGUUACAGCACAGAUGUCAAUAUACCAGAAUCACUUGGGUUCACUCCCCUUCACUAUGUCUGUUUCCAUGAAAACAAUAUGCAGGAGAGGAGGCCAGAGGCAGCCGCUUUACUGAUUUCAUAUGGUGCUAACUUUAAUGUGCGCAAUAGAAAUAAUGACAGUCUACUACAGUACGAACUGCGAAGUAAAAAUCGUGACAUGACCAUCCUCUUUGCUAUUGCCAAAAGUGUGGCCUACCUACCGACCAUUGAAUCUCUGUGUAUAUUCCCCCCACAUUCCCAAUUAAUCCCCACAGACUACAGUGCUAUAAAUAGAAAUAUGGUGAAGCUGAUCAAGAAUGACAUUCAGUAUUACAAGAUCAUGUGGUACAAGGAGCUGACCCGUGAUCCUCGACCCCUCCAACACUACUGUCGAUGUGUAGUCAGGAAAGCCAUGGGGGUGCAGAGGCUUGGACAAAUUGAAACGCUGCCCCUUCCUUCCACCUUGAAGGAAUACCUUCACCUACAAAUGGAGGAGUUUUCAGUGACAAUUCCCGAGGUUUCAGAUCACACUUGACAGAGUUUUAUAUAAACAUUGUUUGUAAGACUAUCUAGUGCUGGUUGAUUUAUUGUUCUAGUGUGUAAAGGUCUUCUGUGAGUGGUUUAUUGUAAAGGUGGAAAUUUUCACUUGUUGUUAUUUACAUAAAUCCAUGAUACAGAUCUGCUUCAUGAUUUAGAUGAAUGCAUUGUACAUGGAGUGCUAAAUUCAAAUGUAAUGCCCUUAGUACAAUGUAUUUUAGAUUGAAAGACUUCAGAGGUUGUUUUUCUUAUAUAAUAUAUUUAUAACAGAUUUGUUGCCAUGUAUAUUAGAGAGUUAGGCAACACGAGUGCAAUAAUUGUCUUUGUUUUGUCCUUAGGUAUUUUUUAAUACAUCAUAUGUAAUGUUGAGAUUGACAAAGAUAAGUAGAUAUUUUUUCUCCAAACAUUGAAUCUUGAUAAAAUAAAUAUGAAAAUUCAAAAAGUACUGUGGAGUCAUUUCAAUAAUGUUCAUGGACAACCGAAAUUUUACUGAUUUGUGGGGAUGUAAUUUUGUGGAUAACUUGUAAAUACACAGGAAUCAAUGCUGCUUUACAUUGGCAAAGUCAUCAUUCGCGGAGAUGUAAAUUCAUGGGUAAGGGUGACCCAUAAAAUCCACAGACAUUGGUAAUGAUGAUGAUUCCACAAUAAUAAAAAGAAAAGAGUCCCUUCUGCAUAUCCAGUCACAUCUAGAAAUUCUUCUUUCAGAUGCUUCACUGGUCUUUGUCAUUCAUUUUGAGUCCAUUACUUCAGCAGUCCUUUCAGAUUACCACCCUCUUUUUUAAUAUUAUCUCUUGAACAUUUUUAAAACUGUUAGAUAAAAAUGUAGGCCAAUAUGAAAUGAAUGAUUUAUCCAUGUGGAUGUGCAAAAUGGAGUAGAUUUGGAUGUUCCAAGGGUAUAAAAAUUUGAGAUAAUCCCCAGAAAUUUCAUACGGAAGUCUGAAAUUUUCCAUAAAAGUAUAUUUCUUAGAUCAUUGAUCACCACUUAAUUAUAGCUUUUAUUUAUAGGAAAAGAUCUCAUAAAAGAGAGUUUUUGAACCGUGUUCUAUGGUUACACGUGUACUAGCUCAUUGUGAUCGUUUUCUCAACCCAAUACCUGAUUUACAGGCAUGUUUCUUCCAAUAUUUGAGAAGAAAUGACUUUAGAAGAUAGUAAUCUGCAGCCCUGAUCAUUUUGAUGGAUGUAAUAGGAACUUAUAAAGAUUUGAAGUUUAUCUUGAACUGUGUAUUGAAGUCAUUUAUGGAAAUAAAGUUCAUUGACUUGCC